AUGUCCGUGUUUCACGACGAGAUCGAGAUCGAGGAUUUCGAGUUCGAUGAGGAGACGGAGACGUUUUAUUUCCCGUGUCCAUGCGGAGACAAGUUCGCUAUAACUAAAGUGAGUUCGAGUCCGACAUGAUCCUGACUUACACCCAGAUACUUCAUACAAACACGGAUAUACUGACGAUAAAUGUCGAUCUAGAGAUGAUUUGAUUGGUUUUAAUAUGAUUAUUGACACCGUUAUGAUGUUUUUAUGGGUGGUGGCGUAUCCGUGACAAUAGUAUUAAACCCACAACAACAACAACAAAUAUGGCUGUUUUUAUCAUUUGUUUUCACCAUUUAUCCUCCUGUUCCUGACUUUAAACAGCGUUUUACCCUCCAACCAAACAAGUUGACACUUUAAGAGUAAAUUACCGUCAUUAGCUAACGUUCACCUUAAGGUAAGGUCGACUUUAUUGAUCCUGCAUGGGGGUAACUAUUUCACCACCAGGACAAGAAGACUUAAUGAAACAUGAUUUAAAAGUGGUUCAAUAAAGAUAAGGACAUGAUUUAAUACAACAAAAGCCUGAUUAAAAUGAAUAAAUACUAAAAUGAAUACCUCUACAAACUAUGCAGCAGUGCCAAGUCAGACCCUAACAUGAAAAAAAAGCAACGGGAGCGGGGACAACAUUAAUACAUCAUCAUUUUCAGCCGUGUUAAACAACCGGAUAAACAGAUGCGUCCAUUUUUGUAGUCAUCUCUCAGUGAGAGCCAACACUCUUGACCGCGCUUGGAACACAAAAGAACUACAACAGUGGUUUGACUUCCUGUCACCACCGGAAGUGACAAGCGACUCGUAGCGGCUGCCGGCGACACACGUUACUGAUGUAGUUCUCCCAUUACCUCAACAUUCAUGCUCGGAUCUUGCUACGUGCCUCAAGAGGAAAGUAAACAAUGACAGGCAGAGAGCAACAUCCAGCAGUGUGAACAACCUCUUCAUAUGGAGUGCUUUGGUUGACACUAUCAGCGUUUUCUGUGAGUGUUGCAUGACUUUGGGUGAGCACAGAGAUGAACACACUGUCAGCCACGUAUUUAUUUAUUCAUUUUUCUAGUUUUAAGUGCUGGUCUUGUACUGGCACUAUACUAGGGCAGCUGUAUACCUUUUCAACACUUUACAUUUACAUUACAUUACAUUUGGGUUGAAUGGACACUUUAUCAUGACUGCCACUUGUUUUACAGAGAGCAAAUAGUUUAUUAUUCUCCAGUGCAGACAUUUAUUAAUACAGCAGCUUUAGUUCAUUUAAGUUUGUUUGUUCAAGGUUUUCAAUAAGGUGAUGAAGGUUCAGAAAAGUAAAAUAGAGUUAUCUUGAAAGUCACUGUAAGCUCUCAAAUACUUUUUGAAUUCUGUUUCUAUCUGUGACAGAGGCUGAGAUAUCGGCUUUUUGUAAACCUCAACAGUUAGGAAAACCUCGGGAUCUGGGGGCCCUUCUCAAAAUGGCUCUCAGGAUUUCAGAGGCCCGGCUCAGACAGGGUUCAGGUCCUAUUGGGUUAAGAGGGGAGCAGAUUUCUUAUGAUGAGAUUAUUGAUGAUUUUGCAUCAAGGAAGGCAAGACAGGUCAGCUUUUAGUUUUAGUCCCCCCUCCCCUAGGGAGUAAUUUAGUCUAGAAACGCCAUUGAUUGUAGCCCAGGAUUAACUUAAAUUUAGACCUGGUCCUCCUCUCAACAAUGGCCUCAGGAGACUCUGGGACUAAGCCAAUAACUGAUCCGGUCCUCUGUAUCAUCUUGUUUAUCCUAUUUUUGCCAUCAGAAUAUAUGCUCCAAUAUGAUACGGCUCAGCUCUUUCUUCACCGUGACAGAUCCGCAUCACUGCUGACGCCACUCUGAUCUGCCUGUCGAUCUCCCGCUCCAUCCUACCCUGAGUCGUGAACAAGAAACAUAAAACACUUGAAAACAUACAGACAUGCGCUGGUGGUAGAGUGGCCAGCAAGGGGGAGAGUUUUUUAACUUCUCUGAUUCUGAAUUUCUGUGUGUUUAUGUGCUUGUUUGUCUUCAGGAAGAUCUGGAGAACGGUGAGGAGGUGGCCACAUGUCCCAGCUGCUCACUCAUAGUUAAAGUCAUCUAUGAUAAGGUUAGAAAAAUGGUCACACCUGGUUUAAAGACACAGAAUCCGGAUGUAGAAAGAAAAUAGAAUAAUCCAUGGAAAUUCUUAACACAGCUUUUAUUGUGAAAGUUUAAAUGCUGAUAUGAAGUUGUCACUAAAGAUGUAUUUUCUGUUUCAGGAGUUGUACAUGGCAGGAGAAAUCGUCGAGGCACUGUCUUCAUCCACAGAACCCAAACUGGCGCUGGUCCAGACCUCUUGA